AUGGAAACUGCUCCAAAAAAACUGGUUACCUUCGCUGCUGUAUGUCGGCAAAUGGAAGCUAAUAUUAAGAAUUCUUGCAAUCAGAAGAUGUUAGGGUUUGAUUCGGAUGAAAAAAAUCUGGAUGCUGAAUACGACCAGUCAUGCAUUGCUCUGGGCGAUGGAUUGGAAAAAUUACUUUCGGACAUUACAUUUGUAGCUCGUGUACUUUAUGUUUCCUCCCAGCUUGUAGAAAAGUUGGAUCAACUAGCAGUUGAAGAUAUGAAAUUGACAACAGAUUCUCAUAUUCACGCAAACGUUCCACCAGAACAGCCCGGUGCAGAAGACAGCAAAACUGAAGAAGAACAGACCGGUGAAGAAGACAGCAAAACUGAAGCAGAAGACAGCGAAACUGAAUAG